CAUGUGUAAUUCCAAAAGUGCAUGGCGGACCAGACUUUAGAUUGUUUAACUUGAUAAAAUAAAAAAAGAACGCGUAUUCAAGUGAUUUUGGUAAAAAAAUUCAGUACUACAACUGGAUUUUCGUGGCUGGAGUGUAAUUUUAAGUUUUUGCCGAAAUAAUGGCUGCAGGUGUUGGCCUCACUAGCGGCGGUAUUUGUGGCGUGUGCUGUCGCCCGAUCACCGAUCGAUUUCUUCUGAGAAUAAUGGACGUCUCUUACCACGAAACUUGUGUACAGUGCUGUGCGUGCGGAGACCAUCUUAUACAUACAUGUUUUGUUAAAGACUCAAAAUUAUAUUGUAGAUUAGACUACGACAGAUUAUUUGUAAAAACGUGUCUGGGUUGUUCGGAGAGAGUUUCACCAGAUGAAUUAGUGAUGAGAGCUAGCGAUAACAUUUUUCAUUUACGAUGUUUUGUAUGCGUCGUUUGCGGAAUUAGAUUACAAAAAGGUGAUUUAUAUGUCAUCAAACAAGGACAAUUAUUUUGCAGGACAGAUUACGAAAAAGAAGUGGAAAUGAUGCAGGGAUUCGGAUAUGGUGAAUUUAUUUGCGAUGAUUUUCUACAAACUAGUAGAUCACAUGAUGGACGUAGGGGACCUAAACGACCAAGAACUAUUUUAACAACCCAACAACGUAGAGCUUUUAAAGCUUCUUUUGAAGUUAGCCCCAAGCCUUGUCGAAAAGUUAGGGAAAAUCUAGCUAAAGAUACUGGUUUGAGCGUUCGAAUCGUUCAGGUAUGGUUUCAAAAUCAACGUGCUAAAAUGAAGAAAAUGCAAAAGAAGGUCAGACAAGAGAAUAAAGGAACCAAAGACGUGGAAAAGGAUGAAAAGAAAUUGAACGUCAAAGAGGAAGAACAAAGUCCUCAAUCUACACCAUAUUUCCACGACAGCUGUAGUGAUAACGAAGCAACAAUCGAUGAUAAUUUACUUCAAAAUACCUCCAAUAAUAAUUUUCUUCAUGUUAAAGAAGAACUGGAAAACGACAGUCCAUAUUUUAAAUUCAAUAGCAAUUUGCCUGUACAUGUAUUUACUGGUUUAGAAAUCAGCAAGCGCCGUAAUGAAAAUUAUUCGAGAUCCGAUGAACAAUCGAUUUUUAUGCAGCCUCCGGUAGAGCAUCAAAACAUUCCGCAGAACUCGAACUGUAGCUUGAAUCCCAUAGAUAGACUUUAUUCCAUGCAGAGCUCUUACUUUUGCGCAGAUGAUCAAAUGGAGCCCUAAACAGAUUAUAAAUAGAACCAACUGUUAAAAACAAAAAAAGUGAUUCAUCUGUAAAUUAAUGAAAUGUAUGAAUAUGUAACCACAUAUUUAGCACUAUAUUG